AGAGUUAAAGGAACGGACAAGGAGGGCGGGGAGCGUGGCCGCAUGCUUCCGAGAGAGCACCGGAAGUACAGUGCUCGGAAGGGUCCGGUUCAGGUCGAUCCCUGUCGCCCUCAUCGCGGCGGCACUUGUACGAGUCCGGCAGGAGCUGAAGGCGCCUGAGAUCUGUAUCCAAGGUGACGCUACCGUCGUGAUCGCCGGCAAGUUUCUUUUCUGCGAAGUGAGUCGUGGACGAACCGCUCCCAGCGAGCGUCCAGCCUGGAGAACGGAGUCGUUCCAGCAGCGCCCUUGGGAGAAGAGGGCCUGGAAGUAAGGUCUCGGUGGUGCCAGUUCUUGUCUUCUCAGAACCCAAGUCAGAAACAUAGCAGAUACCGCAGACCAAGCCGGCUUACCGCGACCAUUAAUGAACUCUUUCCUGACUUGGACCAUCGCGGUGGUCUCCAAACUGGUCUCUUAUCUGUAGUGUGUUGAGAGGGCCAGGACCCAAUAUGUCUCAGGCCACCAAGAGGAAGCAUGUGGUGAAGGAGGUGCUGGGGGAACACAUGAUACCCUCCGACCAGCAGCAGAUCGUGAGGGUACUCAGGACCCCAGGGAACAAUCUGCAUGAGGUGGAGACAGCCCAGGGGCAGCGCUUCCUGGUGAGCAUGCCCUCCAAAUACCGCAAGAACAUCUGGAUCAAGAGAGGGGACUUUCUCAUUGUUGACCCUAUUGAAGAGGGAGAAAAGGUGAAGGCUGAGAUUUCCUUCGUGCUCUGCAAAGACCAUGUGCGCUCUCUGCAGAAGGAGGGGCUCUGGCCCGAGGCCUUCUCUGAGGUGGCAGAGAAACACAACAGGAACAGCCAGAGUCAGCCAGAACUCCCAGAUGAGACACAGUCGUUGGGAAAAGAGUCCAGCUCUGAAGAUGAUUCUGACCUGUUUGUUAACACCAACCGCAGACAGUAUCUUGAGAGUGAGGAGGAGAGCGAGGAGGAGAAGGCAGCUUGAGACCCCAGGACCCACGACUCCUCUGGCUCAGAGACCAGCCCUCGACUCCCCUGAGCUUGGACAUUCCCAGGGUACUCUGCAGAUCUUUCCCCCUGGUGGGGACAAAGCAGGACCCCUCUCUGAACUGACCUUCUGACCUAGGAGAAUUAAACCCCUGGUGGGUGACUUGU